AUGCUUGUUGCUGCUCCUGUCAGUGCUCCCAUGAAUUUUUCUGCCAAGGUUUCAUCUAAAGGUGACCAGCUUGCUAACCCCAUUGUUUUUCGUUCUCUGACCGGGCAUCUCAUAUAUCUUACCAACACCCAUCCAGAUAUAACCUACGUUGUUCAUCGCCUUAGCCAAUAUGUUGCCUCCCCUACUCAGGCUCAUCAUCAAGCUGCUUUUCACAUCCUCCGCUACAUCAAAAACACCCCUGGUCAGGGCAUUUUUCUCAAAGCCACAAGUAAUAUCACCUUAAAGGCUUACAACGAUUCUGAUUGGGUCGGAUGCCCUGAUUCCAGAAAAUCUACCACCGACUACAUUGUUUAUCUUGGAGAUUCCCCAAUUUCAUGGAAGUCAAAGAAGCAACCCAUUGUUUCUCGUAGCUCCUCCAAAGCCGAAUAUCGUGCCCUUGCUCAAAGAGUCUAUGAGAUCCAAUGGCUUACUCAAUUCCUCAAUGAACUUUGUCUUCCUAUAUCCCACCCUGCCACCAUUAAAAUUGCUACCAACCAAGUCUUCCACGAACGCACGAAACAUAUUGAGAUCAAACGCCAUCUUAUUCUUGAGAAAGUUCAAUAA